AUGCUUAAGGAAGAUUAUGGUUACCCAGAUAAUCUUGACUUUAGUGACAGAUAUAAAGAAGCUAUUAGAAAGUUCAAGGAAGGAAAUACUGACCCGAACAUAUUUAGCUUUAUGGUUCAGCAUCAAAUCGGAUAUAAUCUCAAACCUGGAAAAUACAAGCUCGCAAAGGGAUAUGAUUUAAUAGCAUAUCAUCCAAAUGACAUGGAUGAAUUUACUCCGAGAUAUUUGAUGUCAGAGAUAAAUGAUAAUUCAACUCUCUUCAUGAAACGCGUAAAAAAUAGAGACGGAACGAAAGAAGAAAGGCUUAUGAAUGCGGAUGACUUAGAAAGGGAACUUGUUAAAAACGGUCUCGGAAUAUAUGAAAUGCCAGCAGAUGAGGUACAAGAAACUCCACAGGAAGAAGUUCAGAUACAACCAGACAUGGAAGAAAUAGUUCAGCAACAACAGCUAGAAGAGCCAGAAGGAAACGAACAAAUCCCUCCUUUGGAAACGAAAAAACCAGAAUUUUCGAAAAAGUGA